AGUUGGAUUCUAUCCUGCAAGGGCACGGGGACCCACAACAACGGCUGUCCCUAAAGAACCGUUGCGACUGGUAAUUGAAGUGGAAGAGAGUCCAGAUUUCUUGUGUGUGGUCAAGGAGACGGACAAACUUUUUGUCUUCAGACGAGGGAGCGUUUUGUAGGCUCUCCAGGGGUUGAGAUGCUUCCUGCUUCUGCGAAGGCUCCCCAUAAACAGCCUCGUAAGCAGAGCAUCAGCAUAGGCAGAGGAACCAGGAAGAGAGAUGAAGAUUCAGGGACUGAAGUGGGAGAAGGCACAGAUGAAUGGGCCCAAUCCAAAGCCACAGUUAGACCUCCUGACCAGCUGGAGUUGACCGAUGCGGAAUUAAAGGAGGAGUUCACUCGGAUUUUGACAGCCAACAACCCACACGCACCCCAGAACAUUGUCAGGUACAGCUUCAAAGAAGGCACAUAUAAGCCUAUUGGCUUUGUGAACCAACUGGCAGUUCACUACACCCAGGUUGGGAACCUGAUCCCCAAAGACUCAGAUGAAGGACGGCGGCAGCAUUACCGCGAUGAAUUAGUGGCAGUAUCCUACCAAGGUUCUCAGGAGUCUGCCAAGGUGAUUUCAGAAACAGAAAACCUCGAAGAAGAUGAAGAGCCCAAGGAGUUAGAAACUGAGCCUGGGAGUCAAACAGAUGUGCCUGCAGCUGGGGCAGCUGAAAAAGUGACUGAAGAAGAAUUGAUGACUCCUAAGCAGCCCCAGGAGCGAAAGCUCACUAACCAGUUCAACUUCAGUGAGAGGGCCUCACAGACCUUCAACAACCCUCUCCGGGAUCGAGAAUGCCAGAUGGAGCCUCCUCCCAGGAGAAACUUUUCAGCCACAGCCAAUCAGUGGAAGAUCUAUGAUGCCUACGUAGAGGAACUUGAGAAGCGGGAAAAGACCAAAGAGAAGGAGAAGGCAAAGACCCCAGUGGCUAAAAAGUCAGGGAAGAUGGCCAUGAGGAAGCUGACAUCUAUGGAGUCUCAGACUGAUGAUAUCAUCAAACUGUCCCACGCUGCUAAAAUCAUGGAGCGGAUGGUCAACCAGAAUACAUACGAUGACAUUGCUCAAGAUUUUAAGUACUAUGAGGAUCCUGCUGAUGAAUACCGGGAUCAGGUGGGUACCCUGCUGCCGCUCUGGAAGUUCCAAAAUGACAAAGCCAAGCGCCUGUCCAUCACCGCCCUCUGCUGGAAUCCAAAGUACAGGGAUCUGUUUGCAGUGGGACAUGGCUCUUAUGACUUCAUGAAGCAGAGCCGGGGCAUGCUGCUGCUCUACAGCUUGAAGAACCCCAGCUUCCCCGAGUACAUGUUCAGCAGCGACAGUGGCAUCAUGUGUCUUGACAUCCACGUGGACCACCCCUACCUGGUGGCAGUGGGCCACUAUGACGGCAACGUGGCCAUUUACAACCUCAAGAAGCCCCACUCCCAGCCCUCCUUCCGCAGCUCAGCCAAGUCUGGCAAGCACUCGGACCCUGUGUGGCAGGUCAAGUGGCAGAAGGAUGACAUGGACCAAAACCUUAACUUCUUCUCUGUAUCAUCUGACGGCAGGAUUGUGUCUUGGACUCUCGUGAAGAGUGAGCUGGUUCACGUAGAUGUCAUCAAGCUGAAGGUGGAAGGCAGCACCACGGAAGUUCCUGAGGGGCUGCAGCUGCACCCAGUGGGUUGUGGCACUGCCUUUGACUUCCACAAAGAGAUUGACUACAUGUUCCUAGUGGGCACAGAGGAGGGAAAAAUCUACAAGUGCUCUAAAUCCUACUCCAGCCAAUUCCUCGACACCUAUGACGCCCACAACAUGGCAGUGGACACUGUGUCCUGGAACCCAUACCACACCAAGGUCUUCAUGUCCUGCAGCUCCGACUGGACAGUGAAGAUCUGGGACCACACCAUCAAGACCCCGAUGUUCAUCUAUGACCUGAACUCAGCUGUGGGUGAUGUGGCCUGGGCGCCAUACUCUUCUACUGUGUUCGCAGCAGUCACCACAGAUGGGAAGGCCCACGUAUUUGACUUAGCCGUCAACAAGUAUGAGGCCAUCUGCAACCAGCCUGUGGCGGCCAAAAAGAAGAACAAGCUCACCCACGUGCAGUUCAAUCCCAUCCACCCCAUCAUCAUUGUGGGCGAUGACCGUGGGCACAUCAUCUGCCUCAAGCUCUCACCCAAUUUGCGCAAGAUGCCAAAGUGAAGAACAAUUCAGUGACACAUCCAGCUGCUGCUUCUGGAGAUCAUAGCACAGAUCAGGACCACUGUUCUUCAGAUAUAGGUUCUCCAGGUAAUGUCCCUUCCAGUGAGGUCUCCAUGAGGUAUGAAAUGUGGCUUCUAAUAAUCCCACUACCUUUUAACUGCCUUUGAGCUAUUUUUAAACUACUCCCCCUAUGAAAAAGUCCUGAUACGUAGAGAUAGAAGAAAUAGAGAAUAAAACUGGGUGAAAAGGAAGCACUGUGCAUUGGUCACUAAUCCAGAAUAUCAUCUACUGUAGAUGUUUUUGGCCAUGUGUAAUAAUGAAAUGAUAGAACUAGCAAAUCUCAUGGCAUCUGUUUGUUGACUUGCUCCUUUGGCUGUGGAGUUCCUUGGUCGGCCAAUCUGGCUGCCUUAAUUUUUGCCCACAAGGUAGAGAUCCCUUAUCCAGUGUUUUGAGAGGGUCAUUAUGGAGGAUUUCUCUGUGCGGCACUGUACUGAUUAGCACUACACCUUCUGGUGGUGUUUUACAGAUUAUCCUGGGAUUGAAAAAUCACAGAGCCCUACACUUAGGAGGAUUGGAUAAGGGCUUUUCCCUCAACAGAUUAUGCAAUUAUUUUGAAACCAUAAUCAGCUGCCUAUCAAUUUCAUUUGGAGAAAUUCCAUUUGCUAAUAACAUGUUUGAUUGGUUCUAAGGUGCACUUUUUUUCCCCAGUUUAAACAAAUAUGUAAUCAGAAUGUGUCUUUCAA